AUGCAGUAUCUUUGCGAGUUCGUAGACUCAAACGGAGUAUCAACAGGUGAGCAAAUUUCACUCCCUGCCACAACUACCGUUAAAAAUUUAAAUGAUUUGAUCAAUCAGCUGUUGAAAAAUGAAGAAGAAACUCCAUACACAUUCUACGUGAACGAUGAGAUCGUUCUUGGUGGCCUUGACAAACUUAUUAACUCACCAUCAACAGAAAAAGUCAUGCAAAUUGUUUAUCGCCCAGAAAGUAUUUAUUCAGUCCGUUCAGUCAGUUUCUGUUCUGCAACAUUACCAGGACAUACACAUAUAGUCCUUUGCAUUGCAUUUUCUGCAGAUGGAUUGGAGCUUGCUACAGGUGGUGGCGAUGGCUCUGUAAUUUUCUGGGAUGUCGGCACACAGAACCUCAAACAGAAGAUAAAAGUUGCAGAACCUAAGUUCUGGAUCCAAUGCAUCCAAUGGUAUUCAGAUUCGAAGACAGUAGCAGUUUCAGGAACAGAAGGAAAGAUUAUCAUCCUCAAGAAGCAAGAAGAUGAUACAUUCCAGAUUACUAAUACAUUCAAAGCCACCAAUGGUGGUGUUUGCGCUCUCGAAUGGGAGCCAAUGCACUUAAAUAAAUCUCCACAUCCAAGACUCGCUGCUGCUACGACAAAUGGCGAAGUUGCCAUCUUCUGCAGUGGCACAGGUCGCAGAUUAGUCGCUCUCAACGGCCAUACUCCUAAAAACUUGGUCAUGGGAUUCGCAUGGAACGGCCAAGGCGUAAUCUUCAGUUCUUCUAACGAUCAUACACUCAAAGCAUUCGACAGCAAUACAGGCGAACAGCUAGAUGUCAGAAGCGACAAAUGCAGCGAACUCCGUACUUUAUCCAUCUCAUCACAACACGUUUUACGAACAGGUGGCUGGGAAUACGGCAAAUUGGUCGAUCCAGACAUGAAAGUUGCCGCGGAAAAGCGCUACAAGAACUUCCUCAGGACAUGUCCACGUGAAAAUGUUGCUGUCGGAGAUUCAAUGGGAAGAAUCUUCCUUUACAAGUUCCAGAAUGGGAAGUUCGAGGACAUGAAGCUUUUAACGGGACACACGAACAUCAUCCACCACGUUUUGUUCAGUCCGAAUGGAUAUUGGCUUGCUUCUGCAGGUGAUGACAAAACUGUCAGAUUAUUUGAUGGAAAGACAGGAAAAUUCAUCUGCAAUCUCGGCAGAGGAAGAGGAAAGAGCACCGGAAUGCACAUCAAAGCAGUCUACAGACUGUCAUGGAGUGCUGACUCCCGUUUGCUCAUUUCUGCAAGUGAAGACACAACUCUAAAAGUUUGGGACAUUGCAAGACAAAAGAUGAAAAACGAUUUGCCAGGACACGAAGAUGCUGUUUACGCUGUUGAUUGGUCACCUGCUGGAGGAAGAGCUGCUUCAGGUGGAAAGGACAAGAAAGUCAAAUUAUGGGGUGCAUAA